AUGCUAGACCUAAAGCUAAAGGUGACCAAGAACUGUAUGUAUUUCAACAUGACCUGUAUGAUGUCUGAGGCUAUGUAAGUGCACACAGCUCUCCAGUUAUUUCUUUGUGGAACAUGUGGCUAUCUGCUUAGAAGAGGGAUGUGUUCAGGACCCUUUGUCCUGUCCCAGUCUUUGAAAAGGAAAACCAAGGGAGAAAUCUUGGGAAGAGAGAAGAGGAAGCUUGUGAGGAGCUCCCAAUUUUGCUUAGAUAUUUGGUGACACCUACUGGUUCCUCUUUCUUUAGUGGGGAAACAGUUUAAAUGGAAGAGGUGCCUUUGCAAGAGGUGGAAAGAGGAGGCGGAGGAAAGAGGAGACUUGGCCUUGAAAAAAAGAAAUAAUAAAUAAUCCUGUCCUGAAGGAGUCAAGUGAGCAAACUGGUCGUUCCAGUAGCUGGCAAGGAAGACUUCUUGGGCAGCCAAGCUUGACAAGCUCUCCAAAGAUUCCCCACCUCUUUUACAAGAAAAGGUUCCUGAAAGGGGAACUCUCCUUGCAAACCGGUUUGGUUUUCUUUCCCCCUGCUGCCUGGCGUGUCCCGGUGCGCUUUAUCAAGGCACAAGCUCUCGGCCUCCUCCUCCUCCCUUGGCCCCUCCAGAGGCAUUUGGAAAGCUCAGCCUGCUCCGGGGAAAGCUUUCUCCACCUGCCAUGAAGAAAGACGGCGUGGAUAACCCGGCUUUUGAGCCCGGCAGCCCGGAUCGGGGCGGCGCGAUUCCGGCUUCCAGCAGUGCCAUCGAGAGCUCGCUCGGCUCUGAAUCCUUCGACGACGAGCUCUGCGGGUUUGGAGGCUAUGCGCCCGUCGCCCUGCAGCUCUGCAACAACGCCAAGGGCUACUUGGUCUUCUACAGCCUCCUCUCCAUCUUUCAAGGCAUUGUGGUAAAUGGACUAAUAAAUGUGAGCAUUUCCACAAUUGAGAAGCGAUAUGAUCUGAACAGUUCCCUCACAGGUGUAAUAUCUGCAGGCUACGACAUUUCAUUCUGUGUUUUGUGCCUUUUUAUAUCCUUCUAUGGUGAAAGAGGGCACAAACCGAGAUGGCUUGCCUUUGCAUCUUUCCUCAUAGCACUAGGAUCCCUGGUAUUUUCCUUGCCACAUUUUACUAGUGGAGUAUAUACAUAUGGAGAAAAAAUUGAAGAUAUUUGUCCUCUACCUGAAUCUGCAAUUCAGAAUGGAACAUGCACUGGCCAAAAAAGAUCUAAACUCACCAACUACUUCUUUGUCUUUCUGCUGGCCCAGCUCAUCUUGGGAGCAGGAGGAACUCCCCUUUACACACUGGGAACAACUUUCAUUGAUGAUAGUGUCCCAAAACACCAAGCUUCAGUCUACAUAGGCAUUGGUUACGCCAUGUCGCUUCUGGGUCCUGCUAUUGGUUACGUACUAGGAGGGCAGUUGCUUAAUGUCUAUGUUGAUUUCAAUCGUCAAGUAAGCAUAGACAUCACUCCCACAGAUCCACGCUGGGUUGGAGCUUGGUGGAUAGCAUUUGUUGUAUGCAGCUUUGCUACUUGCCUUUUAGUAGCACCGUUUUCAUAUUUCCCAAAGCAUUUGCCAGGUACACACAAAAUACAAGCUGAAAAAAUUUCUGAAGCACAUGGAGGAGUCAUUAAUGUUGACUAUACCGGCAAUAAUUUCAAAAACCUUAUAUUGACUCUCUGGAUGCUGCUCCAUAACCCUGUGCUCAUGUGUCUCGUAAUAGCUGCUUCGUUGGAAGCUUUAGUUGCCACUGGCUUUGCAACUUUCUUGCCCAAAUUUAUUGAAAAUCAGUUUGGAUAUACCUCUAGUUAUUCUGCUACCUUAGGAGGGCUUGUACUGGUCCCAGGAGCAGCAAUAGGUCAAAUUAUAAGUGGAACUGUGAUUUCCAAGCUCAAGAUGAGUUGCAAAAAUAUUAUCAGGUUUAUUCUCCUGACUUGUAUGGUCGCACUUUUAUUAAAUACAGUUUUUGCAUUCGCUAAAUGUGGGAAUGAACCAUUUGCUGGUGUCUCCGAGACAUAUAAUGGGACAGGAAUGUUAUCAAAUCUAAUCGCACCAUGCAAUGCCCACUGUAGAUGCAUGCCUUCAGAAUUUGUACCAGUUUGUGGGGCAGAUGAAGUCCAAUAUUUUUCUCCAUGUUAUGCUGGAUGUACAUCUUCAAUUCUUCAGAAAAAUACAAAGGUCUACAACAACUGUUCCUGUGUAGGGAAUCCCACCGUUGUAAUUGAGAACACCAUCCAAGGAGCCUUGUCGGGAAAAUGUAAAUCCAAAUGUACAGUCCUGCCCUGGUUCCUUAGCUUUUUCUUUCUAGCUGUUGUUUUUACUUUUAUGGCAGUUACACCAACAACCGUGGCCAUUCUCAGAUGUGUACCAGAAACAAACCGGUCAUUUGCUAUGGGUGUUCACAUGUUGUUUCUACGAAUUAUCGGAACAAUACCUGGGCCAAUUGUGUUUGGUGUUGCAAUAGACCAUACAUGUACAUUAUGGUCUGUUGAUAAAUGUGGAAUUAGAGGGUCAUGUUGGACCUAUAACAACAGCAAAAUGGCAUAUAUGUUAAUGGGCAUAACUGCAUGUUCCAAGUUUCAAUACUGUGCCUUGACAGAAGCUUUAUCAUCACAUGAUUAUACAGAAAAGGUGUUGCUAUGUCUCCCAAGUCAUUCUCUGUUACUAUGGCAUGGCUAUUUAAUAGAACAUUAGUAUCAGUCACAACAUUCACCAGCAUUUUAUCAAGUAUUUGAAGUUCAACAUUGGAAGUAUAUCAACAGCCUCCAUCUUUUAAUGUGUCUUAACAGUGAAUCUUAAUUAGAGCUCAUUGAAAUUACUAUUUUAAAGUAAUUUCCAGUGUCAGAAUCCACCAGCCAGCUUGGCAGCUGCAGUCUAAAAUGUACUUUUUUGCAACUUUCUGUGUGUAUUAGGUGAAUGUAAAUGUUCAUAUAAAAUAGUUACAAUCUUACCUAAAGUUGACAAAUGUGUAAGUCCAGUAUUCCAAAAUUUUGCUUUGAAUCACCUAUGUGUGAUUGAUAAAUACGAAACAAAGUUUUUUUAUUGUCAUAAGGUUCUGAAUGGCAUUUGCACAUCAGUGCCUUCUUUCACAUAAGCAUACACAUGUCUGUCUACCCUUUAUUUCUAGAGGAAGACACAUAAAGGGUUUCCAAGGUGUAUUUGUAGAUUAUUUGUACAUUCUUCUCCUGCUGUUUGCAUCUGUGGAUCGGAAGGAAUGAUCCUGCUAAAUAGUAAUGUGCUUGAUCUUACAAAGGCAUCCGAAAGUGAUAGUUGAGAUCAGUAGCGGGAAAAGGCCAGCAAUGACCCAAAGACUGCCGAAGAGGAAGACUGUAGAAGUUAAGAUUGUUGUAGUUAAACUCAAAUAAUAAUUUAUUGCUCUAGAAGAGUUUUACAGUUUCUUUGUUUUGUCACAGCAUUCCAUUACUUCCAGGCAAUCCAUUAAUAAAUGAAAAUAUAAUAUUUUUUGCAAUGCUCAGUGAAAGCUAAACAACAUUGCUCUAUGGACCUCAUCACAUUGAUGAGUCUCCACAGUGAAUCAGCAGGGCAGUGGGUCAAUCCUGGCACCCCUUGCCCUGCCUCACUGGCAGUGAUGCUUCUCCAUCACACAUGGAGAAGCAUUGUCAUAUUCUGGGUGCAGUGUCAUAGGAUGUAUGUGCCCCAGUUCAUCGAUGGGGCCCUGCUGUAUAUCAGCCUGUGUUGUGUGAUGGGCGGCAUGGCUCCAUUGAUCAGCUAUGUUACAAGCAUCCCAGGAUGCUUGCAGGUAAUAAUGUGGUGAAGACCAUAUGUCUUCAUAGUAAAAAGAAAUCCAUACGGCAAGAAAACAUUGUCUUUCAUGUCCUUGGUUUUCUUGUGCAUUUUGGGUUGUUAAAAGUUCUUUAUAAUUUUGGGUGAAUUGAAGUAUGUGAAUAAAGAAAUAAUACAAAAGUUAGCUUUUUAUUAUCUUGAACAUUAUGUUUACAUUAUAAGAACUACUGUUAACUAAGUGCCUUCAGGAUUUAAGCCACAACCCAUGAAGUGGAUAUCCAAAGAAGUGGAAUUGCUUCUUUUCCUUUCUCGAUAUCAAUUUACAGCAAUACAUCUCAAACUGCUUGUUGAACUCACUUUUGUGAGUUCUUUAUUUCAUGCCAAAAGUCACAAAUACAGACUUUGCAUAUCUGGAUUUUGAUUGUGCUGUUCUCUUGCAGUUUUGCUGUAGAGAACAAUGAUUUCACAUUCUGUAGCAGACAUAAGUAUGUACAAAAGUAAAUAUGAAUGAAACAACGAAAAUGAGUUCUUGGAUAGCAUCCUAAAGAACAUGUCAAAGAUAUGGAAAAAUUGCAGUUGAAUUUUAGGAAGUCUCUUUUUUCCAUGCAGUUCUCGGCAUUACUUGAAAAUGGACUGUGGGGGGUAAUAGCCCUUCAGAACAAGUUUUGGUACAUGGGGAGAAAGGUGAAUCACUGUUCUCUCAGUUCUGGUGUAAUUGGGGUUUUUUUGUGAGUUGAAGACUCACUUUUGCAUCUUGCCCAUUUUUUGAAGUAUCAAGAAAUAUUGUCUUCCAUUAUAAUAGAAAACUGAGCUUUCUCUUGUUCUGUGUGAUUAUUAUGAUUUUAUUCAUUGGAAGCUACAUGUAUGUUGGUAUAGGUUGCUCCAUAGUGCCAGAUGUUUUCACUCUUUUUUGUUGAUAUAUAUAUGUAUAUGUAUAUAUAUAUGCACAAAUUUCCUGGUGAACUGAAUUCCUCUCAUGUCAAAAUCACAUUGUGUAACAUUUUAAAUGGAAAAAAAUAUUUUAGAGAAUUGCCAUAACAUGUAAAAGAAUAUUUUGUUCAAAGAGAUGCUACUUAAAUAUUUGAAUUAAAAUA